AUGCUGCUCAGCAGCCAAGAUCAACCCAUCUCUGAGCGUGAGAGGGAUCUUUCUGCCAAGUUAAAGGAAGCAGAGUCCCAGAUCACCGCUAAUGCCCAGCGCGAGGCCAAGCUCCUCGCCCAGCUGCUCGAAGCAAAGAACACGCUUCUCGAAGCCUCCCAGCAGCGGGAACACGACCUCGCAAAACAACUUGAAAGAACAACGGCAGACCUUCAUUUGUGUCAACAGACUCAACAGGGCACAUCUCAACAGCUCCAGAAAUCAGUCGCUGAGCUUGAGGCACUCAAGAAGCGUGUAGAUGACCCUUCUGCUGAACUGCUUGAGAAGGACAAUGCUCUCAAAAUAUCACGAAGUCAAGAGAGGCUACUCUCAACAGAGCUCACGCUGCUGAAGGCCGACCACGAUCUUUGCAAUUCCGAGAAAGAGGGUCUUCGAAACAAAGUCACAAUGCUAUCUGAUAAACUCAAAGACGCAAAGAGCAAAAUUGACAAUUUCGAGUCUGAAACCAAACAGCUUUUAGUAAAGCCAUCACAAGCCGAAUCGGAUGUCAAAGAAUACAAGGACGUCCAAGAAGGUCUCCAGCAGGUUUUACGUCUCGGGAAGGACCUCCAAGAAUCUCUGAUCAAAUCGAAUGAUCAAAUCUUCAAUUCCGGUGACAACAAAUCGACACCUCAGACAAAAAUGCAAUCAAUAAAAUUUGGUCAGACAAGCCAAAUGCAGCCAUCUCCAUCUUUCUCCGGCGUCGGGCACAGUAAUGGGCAGUCUCAACACAACAAACCCUCCACCUCCAGUGCACUCAAAAACGGGCAAUAUCCACAAACACCAUCGCAAUUCAGCGGUAAUGGUUCUUAG